AACUCGUGUUUACAAAUUGGGUUGAAUCUCAAACGGUUUCUUACUGGACAUGUAGUGCGCUAAUGUAGGGCGAAAAACCCGCAGUUUUAAGCAGUGUGUAGGGCAACUACGUAGGGAGCAGUGAGUGGUUUGGGAUUGAGCCUGAGUGAGCCGGCGUUUGCCUUCGGAGUAACGUUACUUGACAGAGUGACAGAUUCAUCUAAUGAGAAGGUUAUUUUAGUGUUGUGGUGUGCUUUAAUGAAUCAUGAAAAUGAAAGUUGUUGCACUAAUAAGUGGUGGCAAAGACAGCUGUUACAACAUGAUGCAGUGUGUUGCUGCAGGACACACUGUAGUAGCCCUGGCCAACCUCCGACCUGCUCACACAGAUGAACUUGACAGCUACAUGUAUCAGACAGUCGGGCAUCAUGCUAUUGAGCUGUAUGCAGAGGCCAUGGAUCUGCCCCUGUACAGGAGGACCAUCCAGGGCUCGAGUGUGGACACAGGCAGAGAGUACAGCCCGAAUGAUGCCGAUGAGGUGGAAGACCUGUACCAGCUACUGAAACUGGUUAAGGAAAAGGAGGGUGUUGAAGCUGUAUCAGUAGGAGCCAUUCUGUCUGACUACCAGAGAGUCCGGGUGGAGAACGUGUGCUCCAGGUUGCAGCUCCAGCCUCUGGCGUAUUUGUGGCGCCGCGAGCAGGCUGAUCUGCUCAGUGAGAUGAUCUCCUCUGGCCUUCAGGCCUUCCUCAUCAAGGUGGCGGCGUACGGUCUGAAUCCUGGAACACAUUUAGGAAAGACUCUGGCGGAGAUGGAACCCUAUCUGCAUCAGCUUUCACAGAAAUACGGAGUGCACAUCUGUGGCGAAGGCGGCGAGUAUGAGACCUUCACCACUGACUGCCCUCUCUUCAAGAAAAAAAUAGUCAUUGAUUCAAUGGAGACGGUUAUCCAUUCAGAUGAUGCCUUCGCCCAAGUCGCGUACCUGCGCUUUACACAGAUGCACACAGAAGACAAACCUACUGGCUCCACAGAGAGCGCGCCGGCCCUCGCUAGCUGUCCUUGCCGGAGCGCCAUUGACAUGAUGACUGAGGAGACGGUCUACGCUGAUAAAGCCCAAGACGUACAGGAGGAAUUUGCAUCAAAUGUGUGUCGGUUUAUGAGCUCAGUCAGAAGUACUGAUGGUUACCAGUGGAUGACUGGAAUCAGCGGCCAUUCCUCUGAGCACACAGAUAUCCAGAGCCAGGCGCGGCACGCCUUCACUGUGCUACAAGGUGAAUUACAGGAGAAGGGCUGGCAGUUGAAGCACAUUUUGUUGGUUCACUUGUAUGUGAGAGACAUGGAGGACUUCGGGAAGGUGAACGCUGUGUACCGCAUUUUUUUCACCCACUGUCCACCAGCCAGGGUGUGUGUGCAGGCUCGGCUGCCUGUGGGUCAGCUCUUACAGAUGGAUGUGCUGCUUCAUGACUGGCUUAUGGCUCCUGAAGAGGGGUUCUUCCAACACAGAGACACUCUGCAUGUCCAGAGUUUGUCUCAUUGGGCGCCAGCAAACAUCGGGCCCUACAGCCAGGCUGUGCAGGUGGAUGAAGCCGUGUUCUGCGCGGGUCAGAUCGCUCUGGUUCCCUGCACCAUGCAGCUGCUGGAAGCAGGUCCGUGUGCUCAGGCCAAGCUGUGUUACAGCCACGUGGAGAAAGUCCUGCAUGCCAAGAGUGCCGGUCUCACGUUGGGACAUUCACUGCAGGCACACUGCUAUGUCACGGAUCUUAGACACAUUCCAGUUGUCAGAAAGGUGUGGCAUGAUAAGAUACAGAGUGGUCAAGACCAGGAGGAAUGCUAUGGAGUAGAAGAGAUUCAAUGCCCCCCUCUGGUUGUUUCGGUGAUGCCCUGUUUGCCCAGAGGAGCAGAAGUGGAACUUCAUGUCAUUGCCGUGCAGGACGAGCUUGCGGAGAGGACUUUCCAUCGGAUGACCUCCGAGUUCCCAGGAGGUGCCAUCCAUUGGCAGGUGCUGCAGUCCAGUACCCGCCAUUAUGCCAGUCUGUCCCUGAGUGUGUCCCUGCAUGAGUCAUGCAGGACACCAGAGUGCAUGGGCACAGAGGCCAUCCUGGGGGCAGUUAGCACCUCCCUCCAGCAAGCUCUAGAGCAGAUGGAGAAGGCUCUGUCUCCUUUAUGUACCAGAGUCUUUUACAAGGACAGCGAUAAGCUAGCCACUGAACUCUCUGCAGGGCUGCAGGAUUGCUUUGAGAGCAGACUGGGUGCGAAAAGGCCUGCGCUGGUGCUGGUUCCUGUGCUGGAGCUUCCGGACUUCACCCUUCUCCACCUAUCUACCUGGCUCAGCACAUAGUGGAGGAUGAGGACCAGGACCACACACACAAACAGGGACUUCAGACUGGACUAGGAAGCACCUCACUAGUAUCCAGUGCUAGAUGGACUAAAUUUAAAAACUUCAAGUUCAUCCAAAGAGUCCUGUUGAUCAGAUCAACUUAAAUUUGUCUUGUCAACUUGAGUCACCAUUAAAAUGCCAUUUAAAAGAAACUGAACUGACUAAACACCUUAGUGGACAUAUUCAUUAUCAGAAGACGGAGUGUUUAGUCUUAAGAGCGCAAAGAUUAAACAGUGAAAUUGCUAAGUAGAUAACGUUGAUAGCUACCCCAUUCGUAUUCUCUCCUUUCCCCAUGGUAGGGAAUAGUUUGUUUUUCUAGAAAAUUAUAUCCAUAGUUCAUCAUUCCUAAACUAAAGCCAGUUUAGUAACAUGAAUGAUUAAUGCACAAACACUUUGCGCUACAGUUUUUUAAUUAAGUUUGAGCUGAAUGGACCUCGAUGAAGAUUACAAGUCGGUCACAAACCCUGGAGGAGAAAACACAGCGGAUAUUAAAUAUAGCGGGUCUACGCAAUAAGCAGAUUAAAAGUAUAUUUAUGCGGCGUCCUGGGGAAACCCUUCCCGCUUCCUACUAUAUAUAUUCUGAUUCUGAACAUUUUUUCUGAACUUAACUUUGUAUCCCCAAACCUCAAAGUUUUUCGCAUUUUAAAGUCUGAUUACCUCGAAAAAGUGAAACGAGAGAAAAUCGAAUUUAAAGAUUUCAUGCAUCCUGUGGCGCAGGAGCAUGGCAGGCAUUUUGACAGAUGGUAGAUGAUUACUGAGUUGAUUAUGCUGAUCCUAUGGCAAGUAGCUAUCCAAUAACUUGAUCAAAGCACGACACUCGCUGUGUGCGGAAAUCACGCUUAGCUAUAGCGAGGUUUUAGACAGACUUAAUGUUCUUACCACAGGAUUAGGCAACAUUUAAAUAAACAUUCCAAUAAAGUAACAUUUUCACGUUGUUUUCCUUCGAUUGAGGAGUCAAAAAAUGUAUUUUUUUUUCCUUUUUGGAUAAAAUGUCUUGUUUUCAUGUCAGCUGUUGGUGGUCUCUUUCCCAGGCCAUCGAAUACUAAACUAAUGACAAUAAAUAUUUCUGAGACUGGAGUAAGAUGCAUGCAUGCAUGUAUAUGUGGCAGCAGGUUGUGCUCAGUGAGUGUGUUGUGGUGUGUUGGGUUGUAAUGGGUUGUUCUAGUAAUCAAGUGUGUCCUGUGCUGAGGCCCAGCAGCAGCUGUCACUGCCAUGAGGGGGGUCAUUGUGAGUAUUUUGUGGCCAUCUCUCUCACUCACUCUCUCUCAUGGCUUUCUAGCGUUGGUGAGUAAGGGAAUUGUUUGUUUUAUAUACCUCAUGUUAGAAAGCUGUUAUUAUUGUGUAAUGGGCAAUCAGAGUCGAACAGCCAAAGAAAUGAAAUCUCUUUAUGCCCAUAUUGAUUUGUAAGGUGCGAUUAAUAGAAGAGGGUUGCAGGGUGAGCUCUUCUAUACUCACUUUUGUUUGUCUGUUGAAACAGAGCUAUUAUCAAUUUCUCCUGAAUUACAUUUCUUUCUCGCUUAAAUCAGAAAAUAUAUUGAUGUGCUCAAUUGGCCGGCUAUUCUUCUUGCCCAAGAUGACCGUAUGUUAGAGUCUAUUGAUCUAACAAGAACAAUAACGUUGUUGUUAACAUCUGAGUAGGUGAAUUAAUCGGGCAAGAAAUAAACAAUUAUGCUGCACAAAGUCGCAAACUAAUAUUUACUGUGCUGUUAUUUAUAGCCAGAUGUGGGAUCUAAUGUACUGCACAGUAACAGUAAUGUAACUGCGUUCACACACAGGCUGUAUGACUGUUUAUGUCUUACAACUUUUUUUUUGUAAUUGAUAUAUUUUUUUUAAUCUCUACACAAGUUAUAUUGGCAUGCAUAAUAAGUCAGAUGUAAUAUUCAACAUGUGGAUAAUUUUAUACAUGCAUUCAUUUCAUGCAUUUAUUCCCUCUAGAUUAUUACUGUAACUACAGCUGUAUUUUCUAUAUCUAUGGGGCAGAUGUUGUAAUGUGCAGCUCUAAAAGUGUGUGUUGUGUGGCACAUUCGGUGUCAACAACAUCUACAACAAUUUGCAUAGUCCAGUGCCACCCAGAACCACAAUAACCGCCUGUCACUCAAUCAGACGCAAGCGGAGACGGCACGUCUGCUGUCUCAUCCCUAUCAUUCUGUCAGUGCAUCAUCUGCCUACACAUGAGAUUAUUGCUUUUUUUCCUCCAACUGAUUUUUUUUUACACUGAUGUAUGUAAUGCAUGCAAAUGUUUGUUUUGUUAAACAUUAGUUUAAAGUGUAUGAUUCUAAGUAAUGAUUUGCAAUGACUACAGAGUAGGAAAGAUAUUAUAAGACAUGUGGAGUACAUUCAGUAGACUUUCUUCUCUUCAUUAUGGAAACUAUUCAUCGGUUCUGCAUUAUGCAUAUGCAGACAAACAUUAAGCUUUGAAUUAUUUUUUAAUAAUUAUCUCAUUUUUAUAAUUGAUAUGUAUAAUAGAGAUUGUAUAAUUGAGACCUGUUUAUUAAGUG